GCCGCCGUGAACGCGCCUGACGGAUCCCCGGCGGAGGGCAGCGAGGGCGCGCAUCUCUGUCCUCCGCUCGUGAAGCGACUGCAGGGGAGCCAGAUGCCCGACUGCGAGCCGCCGCCUGCGGAUACGCGUCCCAAAUGCCGGAGCGGGCGAGCGCCACAGACACGUUCCGCGCUCUGACGGGGACGACGAGCGACUAGCGGGGGGAGUGCGCCGAGAAAGAACAGUUGUCAUGUCAUGCUUUCAUUCCCGGGCGCCUCCGUGUCUCUGUUUCAGACCUUUGCUUCAGAUGAAGAGCUUCCUUGGACUUGGAGCGCCGGGCAUCAGUAGAAAAAACGCCGUUGUCCCACUCUGCCCCUGCUGCUGCCGAUGCUGGUGCUGAUGCUGCGGCGGCGCUGCUGCCUGUGAGCGAGUCCUCGCACUGCUUUGGAAUAUACAGCGUGCCUAUAUGCGCCAAACCAUGGAGAUUAUAUGACGUGGAUGUAUUUUUGAACGAAAUUAGACCUCUACGAGAGCGACGCGCGUUCUUUUCUGUCCGUUUUUUUUUUUAGCUUUGCCUCUUUCUGUUCUCCCGUUCUGUCGUUUUGCGUUCUGUCCAUGGCUACUUUAUGAUUUCCUGUGCUUAGCCUUCCUUUGUUUUUAAUUCACCCAUCCCUUCAUUCUUUUUGUUACUCUUGUUAUUACCCAUACUGUCGUUUUUGGUCCGUGUCGGAGGCGCACAAGUGGGAUGCCUCGCAGAGCGAACAUUCAUGGGGAGAAGAUUCCGCGCAGCAGCGCGGGUGAAUGAAUGAAUGAUAAGUCUCCCUCUCCAUCUGAGACGUGCCAUGGAUGGGAAACUUAAUUUGUAUCCACGGAACCGAUCGGGGAAUAGCCGUCGCAUCAAAUAACUGCUGCUGACAGCGAUCAGGACGAAUGUCAUAGGAUGAACACUGCUGGUGGGGUGUGUCUGUCUGUGCUGUCCUCGCUCCUGGCUGUGGCUGGGGCCCUGGCCGCGUUGUCCGCCCUCGCUCUGGCUCCUCUCUCCGCCCUGGCUGAGGUGGCCCAUGGGGCCGGCGCCGGCGCCCCCGUCCCCGGGGCAGAGGGGGCCCCCGCUGCCGCCUCCCCACCGUGCUCCAGUCUCGUAGCCGGGGUGCUCUACGGCUCUUUCUCCCUAAGGGAGCUCUUUCCUUCGCGGGAACCGACCUGCUCCUGGUCCCUGGAAAACCCCGACCCCACCAAGUACUCCCUCUACCUCCGCUUCACCCGCCACCCCGUCGUCUGUCGGACGCACGCCCCCAUGCUCCUCUCCCUCGACCACCACCUGGCCAAUCAAAGCUGCCCCCUCCAUUUACAGACUGCUGCUGCCAGGGACUCGGAAGUCGUCGAUCUCUGCGGCAGCCGGUCCGACUCGGACGGGCCGUACUCCUUCCUUCAGUUUGAUAAGAACUUCAUCCAGCUUUGUCUGACGAGACACCCAGCUGCGGACGAGCCUCCGGUAGCGAAGGAGCUGCUGGAGCUGCGGCUGGUCGAGGUCCUGCUCAUCAAUAAUGAGAACUCCAGUCAGUUCACCUGCGGCAUGCUGUGCCGCUGGUUCGAGGAGUGCUUACGCACGGGACACGACGGGGAUCGGGAGGUUUCCGACGGGGACGGAUGCGGGAUGACCCAGACCGGAUGUAUCUGUCCCAACCACAACAUCUUGGCGCCGCCCGUUCCCCUGCUGCCGGAGACCCCCCACGGCUUCAGCAACGGCUCGCUGCUCCCCGAUGACUGCUGCGUCACCGAGCUGCAUUCCAAUGACGCCAUCGUCAUAGCGCCCAGAGAUGUUCGACAAGAUCCAUAUGAUGAUGAUCUGAAGGUAAAAACCCAGAGGCCUCGUUCAGCUGACCAGCCAGGUGUGUUUCAGGCACAAACCGGUGACCCUGCAGCGGAGGAGUGGUCGCAGUGGAGCGUGUGCUCGCUCACGUGCGGGCAAGGCUGGCAAGUGAGGACGCGCUCGUGCGUGUCGUCCCCCUACGGGACGCUGUGCAGCGGCGCCCUGCGGGAAACACGGAUGUGCAACAACAACGCCUCCUGUCCGGGCGAACCGGGCCUCACGGGCGCAGUGCAUGGGCUGUGGGAGGAGUGGUCGUCAUGGAGUCUGUGCUCCGUGACCUGUGGCCGAGGCUCCAGAACACGAACCAGGAGGUGUGUGAAUGGAGACGGUGCCGUGGCAUGCGAGCAUCCCGAGACUCAGACCAAACUCUGCAACAUAGCCGUGUGCCCUGUGGAGGGCCAGUGGCUGGAGUGGGGCCCGUGGUCGAGAUGCAGCGUGACGUGCAACGUGGGAACCGAGCAGCGGCAGAGGCGCUGCAGCGCGUCAGCGCACGGUUGGGCCGAGUGUAAGGGUCCCCACCAGGAGAGCAGGGAGUGCAUCAACCCUUCAUGCAGUGGUGGAGGCAACUGGGGCAGCUGGAACCACUGGAGUCUGUGCAGUAAGACAUGUGACUCUGGAUGGCAGCGCCGCUUCAGGAUGUGUGAGGGCACCGGCGUGCAGGGCUACCCCUGCGAUGGGUCGGGGGAGGAGGUGCGGGCGUGUAACGAGAAGAAGUGCCCUGCUCCUCAUGAGAUAUGCAAAGAUGAGCACCUCCUCUCCAUGGCAUGGAAGAGAGCCUCGGCUGGAGAAACUGUCUACAACAAAUGUCCAACUAAUGCCACUGGAUCUGCUAGUCGUCGUUGUAUGCUGGACAAUAAUGGAGUUGCUUUCUGGGGUCUUCCGAGCUUCGCCAGAUGCGUCUCAGUUGAAUAUAGAUAUUUACAUUUAUCUUUACGAGAGCAUCUCGCGAAGGGUCAGAGGACCCUGGCCGGGGAGGGCAUGUCUCAGAUCGUACGGAGUCUCCUGGAGCUUUUGCAGAGGAGGAGCUACUACAGUGGCGACCUUCUCUUUUCCACGGAGAUCCUGCGAAAUGUGACGGACACCUUCAAAAGAGCAACCUACAUCCCAGCUCCCGACGAUGUGCAGAAAUUUUUCCAGAUUGUCAGUCACAUGUUGGACAUAGAGAAUCUUGAGAAAUGGAAGGACGCUCACCAGGUCGCUCCCGGUGCCGCUUUGCUGAUGAGGAUAUUAGAGGAUUUUAUUCACCUCAUCGGAGAAGCUCAGAAGCCUUUUCAAAGUUUUCUAGUGGUUACAAACAACCUCAUGAUAACUAUCCAACGAGAGCCGGUGUCAGCGGUUUCCAGCGAUAUUAACUUCCCUAUGAAGGGACGCCGAGGCAUGAAGGACUGGGCCAGAACAGCCGAGGACAAACUCUACAUUCCUAAGGAGGUCUUCACAAUGCCGGCAGAAGAGACAGAGACCGACUCGGAGUCUACAGUCUACUAUGUCAUCGGGGCCAUUUUGUACAGGACACUGGGCGUCAUCUUACCUGCACCAAUCCCCCCUGCUGUGAUCAACUCCAAGAUCCUGACAGUGACUGUGCGACCAGAGCCCCAACCGACCGAGCCCAUGGUGGUGGUGGAGCUGUCCCCGCUCUUUAAUGGUACAUCAGAUCCUCAGUGCGUUGUGUGGGACUACGGCAACCCGGAAGCUGGCGCGGGAAACUGGGGCACAGAAGGCUGCCAAACGCUCGCGUCAACCGCUGUCCACACCAAAUGCCUGUGCAGCAGGAUCUCCACCUACGCCGUGCUAGCACAGCAAGCUAAAGACCCGGUGAGUCACCGACCCACAGCCCAUGGGACUUGGGGGGGCAAGGGAAACUGCUACUACUGCACCAAGGGCCAGGACAUGGGUCCCACCAGCAUGCCCUCCGUGCCCCUCAUGGUGGGCUGCGGGGUCUCCUGCACAGCUCUGCUCAUCCUGCUGCUAAUCUACGCUGCCUUCUGGAGGUACAUCCGCUCGGAGAGAUCCAUCAUCCUGGUGAAUUUCUGCCUCUCCAUCCUGGCCUCCAAUCUAUUGAUUCUAGUGGGACAAUCGCAGACGCUUAGCAAGGGCCUCUGCACUGUGACUGCCGCCUUCCUGCACUUCUUCUUCCUGGCGUCCUUCUGCUGGGUGCUGACGGAGGCGUGGCAGUCCUACCUGGCUGUCAUCGGCAAAAUGAGGUCACGACUCAUUCGCAAGCGUUUCCUGUGCCUGGGCUGGGGUCUUCCAGCCCUCGUCGUAGCCGUGUCGGUGGGUUUCACCAGAGCCAGAGGUUACGGCACAGCCAGCUAUUGCUGGUUAUCCUUGGAGGGCGGGCUGCUUUAUGCCUUUGUUGGACCCGCUGCUGUGAUUGUGUUGGUGAAUAUGCUCAUUGGAAUCGUGGUGUUCAACAAGCUCAUGUCUCGAGACGGCAUCUCGGACAAAUCUAAAAAGCAGCGAGCCGGUGUCCCGGCGGAGGCGCGGAGCCGACUGCUCCUGAAAUGCUCCAAGUGCGGCGUGAUCUCGAGCACCGCUCUGUCCAGCUCUACUGCCAGCAGCGCCAUGGCCUCUCUGUGGAGCUCCUGCGUGGUCCUUCCGCUGUUGGCGUUAACCUGGAUGUCGGCGGUGCUGGCCAUAACCGACCGGCGCUCCACGCUCUUCCAGGUCCUCUUUGCUGUCUUUGACUCCGUCCAAGGUUUUGUCAUCAUCACCGUCCACUGUGCCAUGCGCAGAGAGGUGCAGGAUGCGGUGCGCUGUCGGAUGGGGGGAUGUAAAGACGACAGCGAAAACUCCCCAGACUCCUGCAAGAACGGACAGGUGCAGAUCAUGAGGAGCCAGAGCCACAGCGGCCAGCGCUGUGGCACAUCCCUGUGCCUGCCGGUUUGUCACUCUCAGCUGUUCGCGUCAGCGUGCCAGAAAGGCUGCUCCCACAGCCUGCCCCGCGGCGGCCACAGCCACGCCCUAAGCCAUGCACACGAGCUGAGUGACACCCACAACCACAUCGGCAGCCAACCACACAGCAGCGGGAACCAUUCCAGAUUCAGUCAACCAUCAGGCACGUGCUGCUGCGACGGUACUGGACGUAUGUGCACACACUCAUUGCAUUUGCUUUCUUCCUACCCUGCCUCUCUCCCUCAGACGGAUUUUGAGAAGGAUGUGGAUUUGGCGUGUCAAACAGAAAGAGGACACCCAUUUAUUUUUAAAGAGGUGAACACCUGUAACCCAGCCACCAUCACCGGGACGCUUUCACGCAUCUCCCUGGAUGACGAGGACGAUCCCAAGCUGACAUCCCAUCAGGAGGGAGGAGUCAACUUCAGUUCCCUUCCUGGGAAUAUCCCCCCUCCAAAUCUUAUUGUCCAGGUUCCUCCUCUUGGAGGCCUCAAUGAACUGAGUGAGACACCCCUGAAGAAGGAGAUGAAUGUGGAUCAGCAGAGACAGCAGGGCCAGCAGCGCAGCGGCGCCCCCAUCUACCUGUGCACUGAGAGUGGCCUGGGCUGGGCGCGACCGCCCGCGUCCUCCAACAACUCCCAGGACGGCAGCGCUGGGAGCGGAGGCAGUGGAGGAGGAGGAAGUGGCGGCGGAGGAGAGGGGGAUUAUAUGGUUUUACCUCGCAGGACGGUCAGUCUCAAACCCUCCACUCCCUCCUCUCAAGGAGGGGUCCCGGGGGGCGAGGACAAGCCUCUCAACAUCACGGUAGAGGACCCGCCCUUCCCCCCACCCCCCUCUCCCCUGAGCCUCCACCCGGCCGAGAGCGAGGCCUACCCGGCCGACUUCGUGCCGUCCAGCGUGGGCGACAUGAACAUCGCCAUGAACCUCAACCGCUCUUAUGGGACCAUCAAAACAAUACCCCAUGUGCACGGCCACAUGAUCCCUCAGAGCGGUCUUGUACACCCCCACGGAGGACACAUGCAUCCCCACGGGCAUUCGCUCCAGCUCAAGCCGGGCCAGAGGCCGUCCGUCAGACAGAUACUCACCGGGGGGACUACCGUGGAGAGAACCAGGACCCUGCCGCGCAACCUGGGCAGCACCAAUGCCAACACCAGCAUCUCAGCAGGAUCCCUGGAGAGGAAAAGAGUACGGUACUCUGAGCUGGACUUCGAGAAAGUGAUGCACACUCGCAAAAGACAUUCUGAGCUGUACCAUGAGCUCAACCACUCGUCCAAGUUCCACACCAUAGACAGGUAUAGCAGGGACCCAGCCAUGUCCACAUUCAAGAGGGAAAAGCGAUGGAGCAUUUCGUCUGCCGGAGGUGAAAGGAACUCUUCGAGUGACAAGUCAACCCCAGAGGACCAAACCUCCUGGGACAGCUUCAAAACCAUGACCCCCGAGCUGUCCAUCGUGCCUGGGGAGCAGAAGGACCGAAUGGAGCUGCACAAUAAGAACUGGGACUCCUCGUCUGCUAACACGCCCGACUCCUCGGAGGGAGACUUCCAGACUGAAGUGUGAAGACACCCUCCCUCCGAAACACAUGCCUGUGCCCAGAUCCAGACGCACACAGCCGUACUGAACCUCUGAAAGUCUAUACAUACAAUUACUACAUGAUUUUUUUUUCUCACACACUCCUCCCAGUGUCCUGCAACGUGCUCUGUCGGAUCCCAUACUGUAUUUGUUUACAGCUACAGAGGACACACGUGGAAAGAAGACUCUUCUACUCUAUAUUUUCGCAGAGACUAUUGAAAAGGAAGAACAGGGAAUCGACACGUCCGUGACUGAGGAACGUUUUUAAAAGAACUUGGAGAAAAAAAAAAACUAUCAAAAACUUAUUUCUGAGAAAAAUGUCUUGAUUUUAUUCUGGAGAAAAAAAGUCUUUUGUUUGUUUGAUGAUUUGCGGGGGGUUAAAAAAACGAAGAAGAAGAAGAAGAAUAUUUCUGCACCACUGAGAUCUUUUUAUAGCAAGGAGAAAAUAAUCUCACUCUUGUACCCCCCCCCCCCCCCCCCCCCCCCCCCCACCCCCAGCAUCCUGCUUUCAUUUAUUUCCUCUUCCCUUUUAAUGGAUGACGAAAGCAUCCAGUCUCUUACUCUCUCUUUCUUUUCAUCAUUUGGAUGGAUAGGUGAAGGGGGAGGGGGGGGUGCAGCUCAUUGAUACGUGCCAUCUUUGCUUUUUCAGGUUCCAGUCCAGCAGUCCCAUCCAUCCCAAACCUUCCUCUCACUUCCUCCGUGUCAACAUUAUCAAUAUUCCCCCUUUUUGUGAUAUUUCCUAUUAUUUACUCGAAAAUAAACAGUUCUCCGCUGUGGCUUGAAAUUUUUAAUGAAAAAACAUGACUAAUACAAAUCGCUUUCGACUGAGUCGUGUUCUCUGGCCAUAAAGAAUUCAUCGCUUGGUUUGUGCAUGUUUCUGUUUUUGUUUUUUGUUUUUUUAUUAUUCUGUGUUGUUCCUUUUGAAAAUUAACCCAUGUGCAACUUUGGACAAAUGACUGAGGACACGCUCGGCACGCAGCUCUGCUCGCCGACGUAACGCGUGCUGCGUGUUUUCCACCUAUGAGGGAAAAGAAGGAUAGUGAUCAUCAUGCAGAGAUUGCACCCACUGCUCUGAGAUAAAAGCCUUCAAAAAUUGGAGCGUCUGAGUCCGUUCUCGGCAUUGCCAGAAAGCAAGGGAAAUAUCAGUCAUUGCAUUGCUAGUCGCUGCUCUGAGCAUCUCUCAUUCCACAUAAAUGCAAACCUUUGGAUUGAUUGGGUUAGUUUAUGCACAUACAUUAUCAGCGUCAAGUUAUAGGAGGAUUUUUAGUCCAAUAUCACGUACAACUUGACACCACAACCCUGUUUUUCUUCCUCCUUUUCUAUGAGGCUCUUUUUCAGCCCGAGCGAUGUCAUGCCACCGGGAGGCAUGAAAUCCCACAUUAGCGCUGAGGCCAGAUGUAUAAUUCCUCAUCCACGUAGAUCCCUCUCCGUGUGAUUGUGAGCACAGCAGCUGCGGAAAGUGGGAGCGAAAUAGAAAAACAGGGAGAGUCACAGAGGUUAUAAGACGACAAGGUGACAGACCGGAGAGAGGAAAUAGCAAAGAAUAAAAAAAAAGGAAAAACGCCAGUGGCGAUGGCGGCUGCUUGAUAUUCUACAUCCGUACUUCAGUCGCUACAAGAGGAUGACCAGCUUCCUGCUGUUGCUACAUUAGCGCGUCAGUUCCACACGGCGACAGUGAGAGAGUGUCAGAGUGCAGGAUGAAUUCAAUAGAUGGCUCGAUAACGUUUCUGUCUAUGUUCGGAGCUGCUUCCAUUAAUCUAACAGUCUGGAGAAAGAGAUGCGAGACAAUUUAGGGGAGAGGGGAGAAAAUGGCAGCCCGGGAAGAAGAAAAAGAGAGAUCCAAAAAUAUAUACAGCGAUGGAGCUAGAGGCAGGCAGAGAUGCAGAUUAAGAAUGGUGAGUGGUCAAAACAGUAAUUAUCCAGGGAUGGUGAUUUGUCCUGACAUUUUCGAAUGCAGCCCUCGAACCAUCUGUUUAAAGAUCCCUAAUGUGGUAGUAGAGCAGCACAGCGCAGAUGGUGAGACAAGAGUGCGGCCCUGCUAACCUUUCAAGCUAAUCAGCUGAUAGGCGAACCCACGUCCCUCCGUGGUGGGAGAUGAGUCCGACCUCCGGUUGCCAGGCCGGGGUCACAUCCGCCUGACCUUCGGCGCCCAGACCGCCGGCGCGGAGCGAAGCCGGGGCCGCGCAGCCAGUGGGCGUCGUCCCGCCGCCGCCGAAACAUCAGUCUCAGGUGGAACAGACUCGACCUUUACGCAGACAAAUUAGUUUAUCCUAAUUUAUAAAACUGAGCAUUUUUCAGGGAACGAAUUCUCCGCCAAGACACGUUCCCAUGGUAACUGCAAAUGGGACUUGAAAGAACGAAAAGAAGCGUGAGUUGUUUUUUUUUUUAUUCUUUUCCUUUUAUUUUUUUGUGAGAGUUUCUGGCUCUGUGAGGCCUGUAUGUUUAAACCCAUGAACACGCGAGGCUGAUUAUAUGAAUGUGCCACCGCGCCCUCGGAUCAUUCCCCAGCUAUUCCUUUAGGACCCAGAAGAAAACCAUGUUGCUAUGACAGUAUGUCAUUUAGUUUUCCUUUUUAUUAAACAAAGUAAACAAAGACAGACUAAGAACAGCUCAGAAAUAUUCUCCACUCACCUUCACCUCCUCCCUUCAACUUUUGACUGCUACAACCAUCCGACAUUCUAGUUGAUUUAAUAAAGAAGACCCCUCCGGUUCCUUUUCUCCCUCAGUUGUGUUCUUUUUAUACAUAGGAUUGUACAAAGUAGCCCUCUAAUGUUUUCAUAGUGUGUUUUUAUAUGAAAAUAAAUUUUCAAAUUGA